CAAUCCUUUGCACUAGUUUGCAUCAGGAAAAAUUUUCACUAGUCUUUCUCAAACUUUGCCUUGUGAAGCAAUGGCUCCAAGUUUUUCUGAUGAUAAAGAGUCACUCUUCAAUUUCGUGGUCCGAGAUGGCUAUGGUGUGAAGGGGGUGGUGGACAGGGGUCUAUCAACGGUACCACAGCAAUAUGUGCAACCCCCAGAAGAAAGAAUAGACAAGCUAAAAUCAACCCCCAGUGAAAACUCACCCAUUGAUUUGUCAAAACUAGAUGGUCCUGAUCAUGAUCGAGUGGCUGAGGAAAUUGUUAGAACAGCUGAGACUCUAGGGUUCUUCCAAGUUGUGAACCAUGGCGUACCAGUGGAGCUGCUUGAGUCCUUGAAGAUUGCAGCUCACAAGUUCUUUGGGCAGCCGCCUGAAAAGAAGGCUGCCUAUCGCAAGGGUGUGAGCCCUAGCCCGUUGGUGACGUAUGGGACAAGUUUCGCGCCAGAGAAAGAGAAGGCAUUGGAGUGGAAAGACUACGUCAGUAUGCUUUAUACUAAUGAUUCCGAAGCACUUAAAGUUUGGCCUGAAGAAUGCAAGGAUGUUGCACUGGAAUACCUAAGAACAUCAAUCAAGAUGGUGGAAAAGAUAUUGAAAAUUCUGAUGGAAAAGCUUGGAGUGACAGUGGAAGCUGCAAAAAUAGAUGCACUAAUUGGUUUCAAGAUGGUUAACAUGAACUUCUAUCCAACAUGUCCAAAUCCAGAGCUGACUGUUGGAGUGGGUCGUCAUUCUGAUAUGGGUACCCUCACCGUGUUGCUGCAAGAUGAAAUUGGUGGUCUUUAUGUCAAAGUGGAAGAGAACAUAGAUGGCAAGCAAAAAGGAGAGUGGCUGGAGAUCCCACCAAUUCCUGGUGCUUUAGUCAUUAAUGUUGGUGAUACCUUGCAGAUACUAAGCAAUGGAAGGUAUAAGAGUGCUGAACACAGGGUGCGUACAACAAGUGAGCAAUCGAGAGUAUCGAUCCCUGUUUUUACCAUCCCAAAUACGACAGAAAAGAUUGGGCCAUUGCGCCACCUUGUGGAACGUGAUGGUGUGGCUCUUUAUAGAGAAGUUGUGUUUGGAGAUUAUAUGAAAAAUUUCUUUGGCAAUGCCCAUGAAGGAAAGAAGUCUCUUGAUUUUGCGCGGAUCAAUUAGAUUUCUAUCUCUUCAAAUACUACUUGUGCUCUCUGCGCGCAACUAAGUUUCUAGUCGUGGUUGAAAAUAAAUCUAUGUCAAGUUUAUGUAUUAUGGAUGCUUAUGAAGAAAAAAGUAAUCUAUGUCAAGUUUAUGUAUUAUGGAUGCUUAUAAAGAAAAAAGUUUAUGUAUUA